CAGUUUUGAUCAGAUGAUUGGUAGUUUUUUGUUGUUAUAAACAUUUUGUGAAUUUGAUCAAUUAUGGAUUAAAUGAUUGCAAAUAUAAUUCCAUUGAAAGACUAUAUUCAGAUUUUUAUAAAUUUUGGUGCAUAAUCUAUAGCGACAAUCUUUCGAAAUACAUGCCUUCACAUUGGCCGCUUGGUUGAAUGUGUCAUUUUAAGCCCUUAAAAAAAUAUAAAUUAUUAAAUAAAAAUAAUGGAAGAGCAAGUUGCAGAGUCAUCCACGGCAUCUAUUACAGAAACGGCAGCAGAUAGCGAAUCACAAUGUUUGCAACGUAAAAUCUAUUUCCUGGUGGACAACCUAAGAUCCUAUCACGCCGAACUUCCUGUAACAUUGCAGACACGCAUAUCUUAUGAAUUGCUAACUGAAUUGGCACAUUGCGUCUUGAACGAAGGCAUUUUCGAGAUAGUCAAGGCUCUGCUGGAGCUGCAACAUGCCACAGAGAAGCAUCUGCUACAAAUGCGAUUACAGGUUGAAAACGAAUACGAAAUCGAGGUCACCGAAUGGUGUUCUAAAAUUAAGGAUCCUAAAGAACUAGCCCACCUUUUAGAUUUGCUGAAAGCCAAGCAUGUAAAUAAACUUAAGGAUGCAGAUAAGAAAAUUAUUGAAGUUUUAGAUCAAAAGGUAAAUGACCAGCAAUCCACUUUACAUAUGGCUGGUGUUCCUGGUUUUUAUGCCACACAAAAUGCCAAAGAAAUUAAGAUUCAAAUGUUUUUGCUGGACUUUAUUUUGCGUUUGAGUCGCUUGAAAUACAAACCAAACAAAUAGGAUUUCCAAUAUUAUAUUAAGAAAAAAAAAAACAAA